UGUUUUCUCUUGACAGUUGUAAAUUUGAUUUGGCGCAAUUGCAAAAAGAAAGAAAACAAUUCGCUCGAAAAUUUUAGCGAUUCCUAUUUAAAGAAAAAUAUUUUCUGCACUCAUGAGUUUUGACGAUACAAUAAAUGCAUAUUUCGUUACAACCGGAACGGUGGAUGAGCGCAGCUCCUCAAAAUGCGCUGAUUUGGAAACGGCAUUUUCCCAUCUUCGAGAGCAUAUAGCUGAAGAAAAUAUAAGGCAUAUAAAUGCCAGUGAUGGGUUUCCACUUAUUGCUUCAGGGCAACUUACAAAAAAGGAUGUAUUCAUUUUCGACCAGUUUGAAGGCGAUUUUUUCAAGCAACUACAAUUAACGAAAUCACUUAUAAUAGGACCACGAUGCCUUAUAACUUGCCUGAUAAACUCGCAACCAGUGCCACUUGGCCCUAGUCCAAUCUAUACAACGGCAAUGCGUGAUUUACACAUUUGUGCUACAGGCAUACCGGCAGAUCAAAAGGAACGUGUGCGCACAUACAUUCAAUGGAUGGGUGGUUAUUAUUUUCAGAAUCUAAGUCGUCCAGUUACACAUCUUAUAUCAAAUACAAUUAAAUCCACAAAAUACGAACAUGCCACAUUAAACGGCAUACCGGUGAUGCAUGUUGACUGGGUGCAACGAGUCUGGGAACGCAGUUCUGUUGAUAAUGUGGCUGCAACUGACGAAGAGUUCGACAAGUAUAAGUUACCGAUAUUCUUUGGUACAAACAUCACUUGCACGGGAUUAGAAACUGAUAAGAAAAAUGAGAUAAUGCGCCUUGUAAAUGAGAACGGUGGCACUUACCAUUCUGCAUUUCGCUCAGCACUUGUUGAUAUAGUUAUUACCGAGCGUGGAAACACCAAUUCGGAUAAGUAUAAAGCCGCUGUGCGUUACAAGAAGGACAUACUGUGCCCAGAGUGGAUAUUUGAUAGUGCAGAAAAAGGUUUUGCCUUACCUACAAAAGGCUAUCAAGUGAAGUCCUUAAAGGUUUCAACGCCAAUCAAAGGCGAUCGUACCAUCGCAGAUUUCACGCAACUCUCUGACACAUCGCGUAUAAGCGUUAUGGGUGGCACAGGACGUAGCGGACGAAGUGAACUUACAACCGUCAACGACACAGUAAGCAGUGGCAUUAACGAAACGGCAAUACAACAAAAAGAUGGCACAUUUGUUGCACCAAUACCCCGCGCCAGUACGUCUAAGGAUUUACAAAGGGAAAUACACCGAAAACAAGUUACUUCAGAUCAUUAUCGUUUAAUCUAUGAAGAAAUUUGUCCCAAACAGGCAAAGAAGGCGGGCAAUUUUUUGGAUGGAUGUUGCAUUUAUUUGAGUGGUUUUCGACUGGAAGAAAGAGAAAAAUUAAAUAGAAUUUUAAAUGUAGGCGGUGCGACGCGUUACGAUGUAGUGAAUGAGGAAAUUACACACAUUAUUGUGGGCCAACUAGAUGAUGCCGAGCUGCGCGCCUGGAAGCGUGAUGGAUAUUUAACAACGGUUAAUAUCGUCCGUCUCGAUUGGUUGCUUCAAAGCAUUAAGUUGAAACAACCAGCCAGCGAAGUAGUUUAUCGUAUGUCACUACCGAAUGCACGUGAGCCUGAUGCGCCAUCUCCAUCUAGCAAAAAAACGCUCCGUUCUAUGAAUCACAGUUUCAAACAGCCAGAGAAGCCGAAAAAGAAACUGUUCGAAUCGGAGGACAAAUCAGAGCCCACAUCUCCGAAAGAUUCGCCAUUCGUGGAAGAAGAGCAACAGCUGAUCGCGCAGUACUCACAGGAAAAUGAACCGGCUGCUCCCGUACCGACUCCAAUUGCUGAAGUGACAACAAACAAUCCGCUAGCAGAUCAUACCUUGUCUGGACCGGUGGCUUCAUCAACUUUAAAACCGGUGGUGGCUAAGUUGCCACCACCAGCAGCACCUACAACAGCAGAGAAUGAAAACUCCACAAAGAUGACAAGUGAAAUCGACUUUGAGAAUUUAGAUUUCUUUGACGGCAUGUCGCUCUAUAUCGACCGCGAACACUUUCCUGAAGAGUUCUACACGCAAAUGCUAAGCGAAUGUGAAGCUGCACAUGGUGAUAUAGUGCCGGCUAAUUUCGUCGAUGUUGUUGACUAUGCAAUUGUAUCGUUUGAGCGUACAUUAAAUGCGAAAAAGUUGCCGGUCACGGCGCGGCAUAUCGUAACGGAUUUGUAUGUGGAAAAUUGCAUGAAACAGAAUAAACUUGUGCCCAUAGAAUAUUUCCAUCGUCCUGUUCCGCAUACUGCCAGCGCGCAGCCACUUGAGGGCAUGACCAUUGUUAUUUCUAUAUAUACAGCAUUGGAAUAUGACUUCAUAGACUCCGUCGCGCAAUUAUUGGGUGCCUCUGUCAAUCGCAUACUGGCCAAAAAAGAGCGUCCACUACUGAUUUGCCCACGCGCCGAAGGUUCUAAAUAUGAGGGUGCCAUCAAAUGGGCUUAUCCAGUGGUAACCUCUGCAUGGUUGGUGCAAUGCGCAGUCGAGGGCAAAAAAUUACCAUUCCAACAGUACUUGGUGGGCAACAGCCCAUCAGAUUUUCCAAUAUCACCCACUUUGCGCGAGAAAAAUCUACCCAACGCAGUAGCGCGUCCACCCACCACACCAGUCGUUGAACCAAUGGAGACGCAAGAAAAUGCAGAAAACGACCUCACGCACGGUGUGGCCGCAGCAACUGACUUCACGCCACUGCGCAACAAACGUGUAACCGAAUUGGCUGGCUCCUUUUCGCGCAACAAUCGCACGUCACUUUCCAACAUACCAACAAAUAACACGCCUGUUACUACGCCAGACUCGCCACAUACACCCACAAACGCUUAUGGACGUUCCUCGUGCAAUUUCGAGUAUCUGGAAGGUGUAGUGGCCGAACUGGACAACGAAGAUGCACGCGAAUGUCUGCGUGAACUAAUCGAAGAGAUGCGCAAUAAUCAAACGCCCGAAUUGGAACGCAUACGUCGGCAAGCUUGCACACCCAUCAAUCGUAAAUUGCCCACACCGAAAGGUAUACCCGAUUUCUGCACAACGCCAGAGUUUCAAAAGCGUAUGGCCGACGCCUUUGAGCGUCGUUGGCGUUUACCAACUAAAAAGCUAAAGGUUGACACACCCAUCGAUGAGUUGCGACGACGUGUGCUGCGAUCCACGUGUGAGGCUUUAGGCAUACCAUAUACUGAUACGGACGACACGCCCACUACCAGCGCGAAGGCGGCUAAGAAAGCUAUGGCUGCCACAGCGGAAAUGUCAGCAUUAGCGCCACCAAUGACAAAUACGCCACGAAGAUCGCCACACAACACACUGAAUGCCUCACAGGCAACAGCAAAAGGUAUAGUGCCCCGUGCAAUAUUCGCCACUAGCAUGGACCACAGUAUGAACACGAGCGAUCGUCGCACAACACGCAUUUCGGAUGCGGACGCUUUCGUGCCCAGCACACAAACCCCUACCAGAGGCGGUAGCUUAGGCGGCGAGCCGUCGCGUAUGGUACAGCAGGCAAGCUUUGGCAAAACAACUUUGGAUUUUGAUAAAAUCAGUUUCGAAAACACCGAAGCAGACACUUUGGCAAACGUCGCGUCAGCAAACGAAAACCGCGAACAAAGCGGCGCACGCACCACAUCUACACUGGCCGCCUCAUCACCGGAACUGCAAAAGAUCACGGAGUAUCUGAAAAAUUGUGAAUCACGCAGGCAGAGUCUGAAGCAGGCGCGGCGCACGGGCGGUUCGAACAAUGCAACCGGCAGUGGCGCCUCUGACGGCACGGAUACUGGCACCGACGACAUGGACAUGGAUGUGCCGCCUUGUGGCGCAGCUGAGACGGAAACUCAAAAUUACGUUCAACCCUUCGAAUCGGAACAAUUCGGUUUGGGCACCGAGAAUAUGGUCGGUUGGCGCGAUCCAGUCGAAUUUGGUAAGGAGCGUCGCUCCAAAGCAUCACCCAGCAUGCGACAUAAAGGUACACCGCGCUUCAGCAUUUCAUGCGUGGACGAAGACGUGCGCAAUGACGUAAUCAACAAGAUACAUAAGCUCGGCGGAACGGUGUCUGAAAACCUCGUCAACUUCGAUCCGCAAUGUACGCAUUUUAUAUGCGAACGUCCGAAUCGUGGUGAGAAAAUGCUCGGCUGUGUGUCAUCGGGCAAAUGGGUGCUCAGUCUCAAGUAUAUUGAAGAGUGUUACGCCAAGGAUGUCUUUGUUGAUGAAGAGCUGUACGAAUGGGGCAAUACCAGAGCAUUAAAUUUGCCACAAUUAACGGCUGAUGAGCAGCUUUUGGCUUCGGCGGUGCACCGUUGGCGUAAGAAGCUCAACGAUGCCACAACAGCCGAUGGCAAAAAGCUUGGCGCUUUCAGCGGUUUUCGUGUCAUACUACACAUAGCCGAACGCAAUUCGGAGGCCGUGAAGAAUGUCUUACGUGCCGGCCAUGGCGAGGUGUUGACCGUGCAGUCGCCCUUUAGCGCUUGCAUUGCGUCGAGAAAUGCCACGCAUUGCUUCGUGGACGUGAAGAAAGCGCCGAUAACACGCGCUGAUUAUGAUUAUCUGCGUACGUUGGGCGUGCAGAUCUACUCACAGAUGUACAUUAACUCCUAUCUAAUGUACGGCGAGGAUGUAGACGCAGCUAAGUACGAGAUAAAAAUAUUAUAGACUGAGUAGUGAGAAUUUAUGAAAUGAAAGUGGCAUUAUGUGUAAAAAUGUGACUCCGCGCUUUCUAUGUAAUAUUUGGUUUCGUAUUGUUGAAAUUUGUUCUUUGAAAUUCAAUAAAUGAUGAAUUACUUACAUAAUUAUUAAAAAUUCACUUAAAAACA